AUGAAUAAAAUACCUAUUAGAGCCUUAUUAAAUCCUGCCACCAAAAGGAGACAGUAUAAACCAGAAUUAAAACAAAUAAAUACAAAAUUGAUAUACAUAUGUUCCUCAUUACCUGAAGGAAUAUUUAAUAAUAUAGAGGAGAUUAGGAUUGAUCUUCAUGAGAUAGUUACUAAACUAGGAAUAAUAAAGAGAGAUGGUAGGUUAGAUAACGAGGAACGCUAUUUAAUUAAAAUAUCAUUUCAGUUGGCAACUAUUGUUGCCAACUUUUUAAACAGCAAUACUCAAGAUAAUAUAAAAAAAGAAAAAGAACAAAAGAAAAAGAAAGUUGAAAAGAAAGUUCCAAAGGAAGAUGAUGUUGUAUUUAAUGUUGUAACACAAAACAUGAUGAACUUAGAUAAUGUAAAACAGAACUCAUUUAGAGGACAUAGGUUUUCUAAACAAAAUGUGGAAGUAUUAGAAGAAUGGUAUAGUAUUCAUAAACAUAAACCAUAUCUAGACAAGAAGAGUACAGAAGCUUUACAAUACCAAACCCAACUAUCAAGAACACAAAUUAAAAACUGGGUAUCCAAUAAACGUAGAAAAGAAAAGACAGUACAAGUUUCCUCAGAAAUUCUACAACUAAUAAAUAGUAAAUAA